GCCUUCCGCCUCGCUCGGCGCCGCCCGCCAUGGCGGUGGACAUCACGCUCCUGUUCAAGGCGAGCGUGAAGACGGUGAAGACCCGGAACAAGGCCCUGGGGGUCCCGCUGGGCGGCGGCGGCGGCGGCAGCAGCGACAGCCCCCGCGACGACGCCCAGGCCCUGCUCAAGCGCGGCGGGCAGCGCUCCAAAGGCGACUUCUCCAGCCGCGCCCGCGAAGUGGUCAAUAACAUUGGGAAACUGAAAGAUUUUCUUCUGCAGCACAGGAAAGAUUAUAUUAAUGCCUACAGCCAUGUCAUGUCUGAGUAUGUGCGGAUGACAGACACUGAGCGAGACCAGAUUGACCAGGAUGCCCAGAUCUUUAUGAGAACAUGUGCUGAUGCAAUUCAGCAACUCCGAACAGAAGCACACAAGGACAUCCAUUCCCCGCAAGUGAAGCAGCACAGAGAAGCUGUCCUAGAUUUCAUUGGAGACUAUUUAAAAAGAGUGUGUAAGCUGUAUUCAGAACAAAGGGCUAUCCGGGUGAAGCGAGUAGUUGAUAAGAAAAGAUUAUCUAGGCUUGAACCAGAACAGAGCGAUAAAUCCAAAGUAACUUCUUCUCCUGAAAGAACUGCCCAAACAACUUUGGAAGAAUGUGAAGAGAAACACACUUGUGAAGACAACAGAGAUAAGAAUGUGAUAGAGGAACACACCAAUUUUGGACUUUGGAGUGAUGGCAAAGGAGAAGAUGAGCUUUCACCUGAAGAAAUCCAAAUGUUCGAGCAGGAAAACCAGCGCCUUGUUGGAGAAAUGAACAGCCUGUUUGAUGAAGUGAGACAGAUUGAAGGGAAGGUGGUUGAAAUAUCUAGACUUCAAGAGAUAUUCACAGAAAAAGUCUUACAGCAGGAAGUCGAGAUUGACAGUAUCCACCACUUAGUUGUGGGUGCAACAGAGAAUAUCAAGGAAGGAAAUGAAGACAUAAGAGAGGCAAUCAAGAAUAAUGCUGGAUUUCGUGUGUGGAUCCUCUUCUUCCUUGUGAUGUGUUCCUUUUCUUUGUUAUUCUUGGACUGGUAUGGUAGCUAACCCUGGCCUAUUCAUUAUUCAUAUAGCCCUGACCAAAAUCUGCUGAGGCCACCUGGGACUGAUACUGGCUGGAGAAGUUUUCCUUACAAAGCAACACGUAUUGUAUUUCAUGCAUCAUUCAUGGUUGAUAUACCUUGAACAGACAUGUGCAUUUGUACACCUCUUGCAGCAGGAAGUACUGGUCCAAUUGGAAGUUAGGUUUAGUGAAAAGUUCACCCAGGGAACUGUUGUAGUGCAUCAACGAACAUAGCUUUUUAGCCAUUUACCCAAUAUUUAUUUUAUUACAGUGGUCUCUUUCUAAAUAUUUUUGCACACAUGGAUUGCUGGUGGGAGUUUUGUAGUGCUGCUCAGUGACCAAGCCAGUGGAAUUCACUGACGUUUACAGCAAGUCUCAUCUGUCAACAGAGUUCAUACGUGACAGGUUGAAAAAUUCAAACUGAUGGCCUAAAUGAACCUUAUUCCAGAAAGGCAAAAUAAAUUCCAGAUUGCAUUGAAAAGGAAAGGUUUGACUGUUUAGAAUGUGAUUCUUCACAGUUGGUAUUUCAGUUUACAACAAAACUGCUUUCCGUUUCUUUCUUUUCACAUAAAUGCACCACUACAGAGAACAAAAUAAUCUAAAUUCUUCAAUCGUAGACAUGUAGAAUAAUCAUCAUAGGAAAACUUGAGGUGAAUGUUGCCAUAAGUACAGUGAUUGGAAUAUUUAAUUUUUGAUUGAUUUAAAUGCAAUAAUACAUAUAUAUCUAUGUGAACAUACUGAGCUUGAGACUUGGUUAUCCUCCUUUUUCUUUAUUUUACACAGAGUGAAAAUGUCAAAAGUUACAUGUGAAUUUACAUUCAAUAAAGUACCUGUCUACUAGGAAAUACAAACAUGGUAUAGUUUAAUAUGUUUAUAUGGGACCGAACUUUUUUUUUCAAAAUGCAAAAGAAAGAUUUGGCACAUAAUUUAUUGCUUUAAUGCAUUCCACACAGCAAUGAUGACAUACUAAAAGUUCUUUUACAACAUGAAACCAUGUUCAGUAUGAAAAGUUCCUAAUGAGAAAAAAAAACUGGCAUUUGCUAAGCGGGCCCGUGAUGCUGAAAUGUACCAGGAGAAAAUGUAACCAGAAGUGGAACCAACCAUGUUUGUUCUACUACAUAUGUGUUUUUUGGGAAGCAUGUAUCUACAAAAACAAUGAAACUUUUGACAUGUCCACUGGGAAGUAGCACAUUCAGAGCAUGAACAAAAAUACCAGCUGAGUGCUUGGAUCCAGUGGUGACCAACCCUUCUGUCAGGUGUACGCAAGCCAAGGCCCAGGUUUGAGAGAGUAUAAUUCUGGCGCAGUGCUUUUCAACCAGGGGUACUUGUGCCAUUGGACAUCCUGCCAAGUGCCACUACUUACAAAGCAUUGCUCUGGCGCCUCUGCAGUGCAUGCUAGCGCAAAAGCACAGCACCGGACACACGGGCGAGGGGCAAAGCCUGCCGCACAACAUUUCCGUGGUUUAUUCCAGGUGUGCUGCUACAGGUCGACCGCCCAAUGUUUAAGCCGCUUUUUCCAGUUAUAAAGUUAAUGAAAAUAUUUAUGUAACGUACGUUGAAAGGUUUAUAAAUAAUAAACAUGUAAUAGUUUAGAAACUUGUCAACACAAUAAACGUGCACCUACAAUUC